AUGUCGUCAACACAGAUACGAAACUACGUGGCGGAACUUUCUAAUUUAAAGGAUCAAUUCAACACUCUUUCUAGUCAGUCCAGUGAGAAGCUUAAAAAGAUUAUACAGACUGUCCAAUCUUAUCAAACACGUAUGGAGCCGUUAAACAAAAAUAUGGAACAACUUCAGAUUUUACAACGAAAUUUAGAGUCCUGUCGAUUAAAGUUAAGUCAAGUGCAAGAGUAUUACCACACCGGUCGUGAAUUGGAAAAUACCAUCAGACAAGGACCAACAGUUUAUACUGAUAAAUUUUUAAAGGCUAUGGAACGUAUUAAAGAUGCAUUGGCUUAUUUUCAAGAGAAUAAUCCACAAGAUGUUGAAUUUAGUCGAUUGACAUCGUUGUAUUCAAUUGGUUUAGGAAGCUUGGAACGUGAAUUUGAUGGUUUAUUAAGGCAAACUUUCUGUCCUAUGGAUGAUGCUAUUUUAAUAAGAUUAAUGGAUCAAAAAGUCUCUGACAAAGAAUCAGGGGAUGGUUCAAUAACUGAAGAUACAGAACAAAUAGAGGAUAUUCCAAAUAAUAUGUUGAAUAGUUUACGUUUUCUUGCUAAAUGGAUGAGUGAAAAUCAAUCAUUUGUAAACAAACCACAAGGUAUAUCACAAGGAUGUUUGGCAAAAUAUUGUGAAUGCCGUCGUGAACUUAUCCGUCUAAAUUUAGUAAGAGUACGAGAAUUAUUAAGAAAAGCUGAAAAUCCAUCAUCAUCAUCUGGCACAGUAUCUAAACCAGGAUUUCUGCCGCCAAACGUACGUGGUCGCACUAAACGCCUCCCUGGAUUCGUUUGGGAUAUAAGUGCUGUUCGACUUAUCAAUGAAACAGAAACCGAUGAACUUGAUUCUGAACAUUAUGCUAUCGCUCUAGGUGUUCUCGUUAAACUAAUGCAAAAUGAAUGUAUUUUGUUGGAUCGUUUACAGUUAACUGCUAGCCCACAAGAUUCUCAAGUGUUAUUGUUCAAUAUAUUUAAAAAAGGGUCAUCUGAUAUCUUAACUGAAGGGACUACACUAACUCGUUUAAUGCAUCGAGCUCAAGGCCGGGCAGAAUUUCAUAUGGUUAUGUCAUUAUUAGUAGUACUUAAAAAGUUUUUUCAAAUUUCUGAUGAUCUUGUAUCUGUACUUCAGUGUAUUGAUAAUGUAUUAAUUGAUUUUAAUCAAUUAGUUCUUCGUUUAUUAAGUCAAAGUAAAAUAACACUAGAAACUUAUGUACAAUUUUUGCAACAAGUUACAGAAAAAUCCAGUUCAAAUAGUAAUGUCGUACCUGAAGAUGGAACAAUACAUGAACUUACAACUAAUGCAUUGAUGUAUUUAGAAAACUUGUUAGAAUUUGCUGAUAUUAUUGGUACUACUUUGUCAUUUACUGAAGCUGGUCCACAAGCUACUACUAACACACUUAAAUAUCUUACCACUAUUGGCCAAAAUCAUGCCUUUUUGGAAAAUAAAUUUGGAGAAUAUUUAUUUAAUGCCAUAUUCGCUCUCAUGACAAAUUUGGAACGUAAAUCAGAAGUUUAUUCUGAAGAGAUACGCCGAAUGAUUUUCCAAAUGAAUAAUAUUCAAUACAUAUUGAAAAGUAUUUAUAAGACGAAUAUUCAUCGUUAUCUUUUAUCACAAGAUCGUGAAGCUGUCGCCAAAAUUACUAGUAUAUUGGAUGAACGUAAACUUUUUUAUACGCGAUGGUGUGCACGCAUGCUUUCAUUACCAGAUGGUAAUAUUUUAAAUCGUAUUACUGGUAUGAUUAAUCGUUCUUCUAUAGAUCAAAAGGAGAGAUCUUUCCUAAAAUCUCUUUGGAAUGAUUUUAAUAAUGGAUUGAAUACUUUAACUAAACAACAUCAUCUUAUAUCAAUACCUGAUCGAGAAUUGAAAAAUAGUUUAGAGCAUCAAUUAGUACGGGAUCUAGUUGUUUUAUAUCGUGGUUUCUGGGAAAAAUCAAUGUCUAUCGCAUUCACAACAAAUCGUGAUAAAUAUAUUAAAUUAUCCGUUGAAGAAUUUGAAAUUCGAAUACGACAUUUAUUUAAUGGAACAUCAACUAACAGUACACGUCAAUAG